AUGUCGCCUCCUAUUCUGCCAUACCGGGAUAUCAACCUGCACGCUUCAGCCUCGCAUUAUGCGUUCACCUCGCCGUCGUCGCCAGACUCGCCGACGCUGGUGGUAGAUCGUCCGACGGGGGACCUGCGGUUGAAUAAUGGCGUUCUGCCGGGUGCGAAACGCAUUUCCAGCAUUGCCGGGAUCCUUGGCAUCCUCAAGCUGAAACUGGACAAGUAUAUCGUGGUGAUCACCAAGGCGCAGCCGAUGGGGCGGCUCCGGGGCCAUAUGGUGUACAAGGUUGCAGGCACCGAGUUCCUUCCGCUGCGUGAACGGCCGCUGCACGAUACGGACGAAGACACCUACUUGGCGCUGGUUAAAGACCUCCUGCGCACGGGGCCGAUGUAUUUCUCGUACUCGCUCGACCUGACCAACAGCUUCCAGCGCCAAUCGCAGAGCGACAUGGCCCUCCCCCUGUGGCAGCGGGCGGACGACCGGUUCUUCUGGAAUCGUUUCCUCCAGUCCGACCUCAUUGAUUUCAGCCUCGGCGGACAUAAUACGGCGGCGGUGCGGUAUGGCCCACAGCCAGGGGCGGAUCCGUUUAUCCUGCCGGUGAUGUUUGGCAUGCUGCGCAUCACGCCGGCCAAGGUCAAGGGGACCUCGUUCACCUUCGCGCUCAUCACCCGGCGGUCAAGACACCGCGGCGGUACACGGUACUUUUCGCGGGGAAUCGACGAACAGGGGAAUGUUUCCAAUUACAAUGAGACGGAACAGGUUGUCAUCCUGAAUGACGCUGCUGGAGGUCUUGCAGGCUUUGCUGGGGGACAGAGUAUAACGCACGAAGGCAAGACCGGCAAAGACCUCCAGGUAAUGGCCUUUGUGCAGACCAGAGGCAGUGUCCCCGUGUACUGGACCGAAGUGAAUAAUCUGAAAUAUACCCCGAAACUCCAAGUCCGCGGGGUGGAGACGGCAGUGGACGCUUCGCGCAAACAUUUUGCAGAGCAGAUUCGGAUCUACGGAGAGAACUACCUGGUGAACCUGGUCAACCAGAAGGGCAGAGAAGAACGGGUCAAGAAUGCCUACGAACAACUGGUUCGCACACUGCUUACGGCGCCCACGGAAAACACUGAUGCAGAUGAGCAAACCAAUGAAAAGACCCAUUUGGUCGAUCCCAGCAAGCGGCAGAACGAGAUGGAUCGUCUCCACUACGUCUACUUUGACUUCCACAACGAAACGAAAGGUCUCAAAUGGCACCGUGCAGAGUUGCUCAUGGAUCGCUUGACGGAUGGGCUGAGCCGGGGCGGCUACUUCCGCGGUAUUGAAAGCCCUGGAGCCCCGGGGGGCCAGCUCGAUGCUCGCUCGGUCCAGUCAAGCGUUGUCCGGACCAACUGUAUGGACUGUCUGGAUCGCACCAAUGUCGUCCAGAGUAUGCUAGGCCGCUGGGCUGUCACUCGCCAACUGAUUGACGCCGGCGUCCUGCACCAAGGAGAAGCCGCCAGCGACGACGCCGACUUCGAGAACCUGUUCCGGAACAUCUGGGCAGACAAUGCCGACGUGGUCUCCAAGGCUUAUUCGGGUACGGGGGCCCUCAAGACGGACUUCACCCGCACAGGGAAGCGCACGCGUGUCGGCAUGCUGCAAGACCUGAACAACUCCAUUACUCGGUACCUGCGCAACAAUUUCCUGGACGGGCCCCGACAGGACGGAUUCGACGUGUUUCUCGGCACCUAUCUGCCGCCCGACUCGACGUUCGACACCUAUAAGCUGUUUGUCGACCGCCGCCCUCUGAUCAUCCAGGCCAUCCCGUACAUCUUUGCCGCCAGUCUUUUCAUGAUCUUUGUUGCCUCCUUCACGAGACGUCUGCCCGAUGCUGCCGUGUGGCCUCUCCGCCUGUUCGUCGUCUUCUGGCUGGUCGUUGGUGCCUGGUGUAUACGCUUCAUCAUCGAACACGGGAUGCUCUACGUAAAUUGGCCCAAGUUGAACACUCCUCCGGCUGGCUCUGAAGGUUAUCAAGAUGCACUCAUCAAGGCACGAACGGACCCGAUCAUUGGCAAGUGGCUCCCACUCCGACGACACCAGAGAGGAUACAGCAAUGCCCGGCUGGUCUUCCUGGAGGAAGGCAAGACAAGGAUUGAAUGAAUGUUCCGGAUUUUUGUUCGUAUUGUCUUGAGAUAUUCAUUCUUCUCGAGACAUUUCUUCUUAGACUCCUUUCCUCCUGACCGUCUUUUCGACUUUUUCUUUCAUAUUGCCAUUUACUAACCUUUCACUUGCCAACGCUUCUUCCGCCCUUUUCCCCCCAUUUUUUUUUUUUUAAUUCUUGAGACGCAUAUCUGUUUCUAAUCCCGCGUUGCAUUUGUGUACUAGAUAGAGUCAAUAGCAACCGUCUUGAUCAUUCAUUGCU